CAAUAACUGGCUGUCCAUCAUCCACAUUCGAAUUCAUUUGAGCUGCACCCCAUCAUCCCAUGGACGAAGAAGCGCUUCCUCCUCCUUUUGUCUCUCUUCCUCCCAUUCUCCCUCCCUCCGGCCGCAGCAUCUCUGCCGCCUUCCUCCACCCUAUUCCGCCUCUCUCAUCCCCCACCAAACUUGCUUGGGUCUCGCUCCAGGGAAGACUGGUUAACUCCGAGGAAGCCAGUUCAGUCCGAACCAUUGGGGGUGCUUUAGCCCCACAAGAAGCCCUCGCUUGGGAGCUCUUUAACCCCAUCCACAGGUUCCUCAUCGUCGCUGUCAUCGGGGUCGCAGCCGCUGAAUCCAAGAAAAACGAGCAGAUAUGGCAGCUGAAGAAGUCCGUCGAACUCAGGGAUCGGGUGCUGACGAGAAUGCAGGAGAAGCUUGACAAUCUCUGCGAGCUGCUCUACCAUACUAAGGAGCAUUCCAUUGCGGCGGUGAAGAAACCAUUACCAAAGAAUGGGGAAACAGUGUUAAGUGAAUUAUGGGGCUCUGAUUGCGAUUACUGGCCUAAUGAUGAACACUCUGACUUAUUUGCGCAGGAAAAGUCUGUCACAAAAGAUUCUUAUGGGAAUGAAGCGCUGUAUAAAACACCCUUAUUUGAUGAAGAACAAGAGGAGAGGCGAAUGUCUGACUUGUCUUGGGCUUCAAGUGUAACAUCGGCUUCUGAUAUCCAGUUAAACAGCCUGGGUUUAGAGCAAGAUGUCUUUAAUCUCAAGAGAGAUUGCAAAGAGAAGGAUGCCCAAAUAAAGGAGUUGACUGACCUUCUCAGCGUUUCUGAAGUUGCUAGAUCAAAGCGAGUUAGUGAAUUGGAAGACAUUAUACGCAGGAAGAAUUCAACUAUUACAAAACUGAAGAAAGAGUUGGUUGUUUUGGAACAAAAGGUUAUGCAACUUUCUAGACUUCGUAGACCCUCCUCUUUCAGCUAUGACUCACGCGAUGACCAGCUUGCGCACGUGAGAGAUAACCUAUUAUAUGAUUUGGAGAGUAGCGCCGGCCCUUCAUCUUCUGAUUCAGACAGCGCACCUCUAAACAGCUCAGGAAAAUCCAUUGCUAAGGUUGAUGAUGCUCAUGUGCUGAACAAAAGCUGCACUUCUGCGGGUAAUCAGAAAUUUAAGUCGGCAAAACCCAUCAGUUCUUCAGGGCGAACACUUGGACAACACUUGGAAUCUCGUCCUGUGAGUUCUCAGAAAGUUUCAGGAAGUCGAAAAUUUUCUGCAGCUUCUUCGAAACUCAAUCGAUCCUUGGCUCAUGCGGACUUUAAGAGUAGAAGAAGAUCUUAAAGAAUGGAGUUCGGGAGAUAUUUUCAGGUGAGAAGCGUCGUUUUAAAAAGUAAUAUAGUCACUUAGACAUUGCCGGUCAUUAUUCGAUGGCCAUAACAACGGAUUUUGACCUUGGCAGUGUAAUGGAUUUAUGAGAUAUCAAACAGUGGAUGUCACAAAUUUAUAUUUAUAAAAUACUCAUUACCAUGUGGUA